UAGUAUAAUUUCACAAAGUGAGAUUUAAUUUAGAUGGAAUAGAGUAUACACAUAUCUUAUCUGGCUGUUUCCAACAGACUAUUCAUCCAACUCCAAAAUAUUUAAUCAAGAAAAAGAAAAUAUUUAUUCAUCCUACCACAAACAUCGUUGAUUACCCACUCUCACCAUAAAGCAAAAGCAAAAGCAAUAUAACAAGAGAGAUAGAAAGAGAGAGGGGGAGAAAGAGUCUUCUCUUUUUGCUGCUGAGGAGAGAAAAAUUAGUGUAAAAAGAAAGACUUGAAGGCACAAACAAAGUGCACUUUCACAAAUACUACAACCCACAAAAGUCCACAAAUACAAAAGCACAACUUACUACUACUACUACUACUUAGUAAUCAAUCCUUCAAUUCUUUCUCACCAUUAGCCUUGUUUUUCACUCCAAACAACUAACAGCAACUUUGCUUUCUCCUCUCUUCUUUCAAUCAAACCAACACAAAAAGAAUCGACGCAUUUCAUUCCUCUAUGGAAAUCACUUCAAGAAUUCAAGAUAGCGGAAACAGUCCUACUAGCAACAACAACAGCAAUGGAUCAGUUAUUCAAAUUCCAAGUACCCCACCAGUAACUCCCAAAACACAAAUUUCUAGAUCUGAAACAACUAACCCAUAUCCAACAACUUUUGUCCAAGCUGAUACUUCCUCAUUCAAACAAGUUGUUCAAAUGCUUACUGGAUCUUCUGAAACUGCUAAACAAGCAUCAUCAUCAUCGUCGCCGGCUGCAGAUCCAUCUUCAUCAUUGUCUAACUCAAUUUCACCGAAAAGUUCCAUUCCUCCCAUUCGCACCGCUCCUAAAAAGCCCGGGUUUAAACUCUAUGAGAGAAGAAACAGCUUGAAAAAUGGACUCAUGAUUAGUCCUUUGAUUCCUGGUGUUUAUGGGCAUAAUAACUCGAGCUUCUCUCCUAGGAAUAAACCGGAGAUACUUUCACCUAGCAUACUUGAUUUUCCUUCUCUUGCUUUAAGUCCAGUUACGCCAUUGAAUGAAGACACGUUUAGUAAGUCUUCCCCAUUGACAAACUUGUCUGAAGAAGAUAAAGCUAUUGCUGAGAAGAAAUUCUACUUGCACCCUUCCCCACGAAGAACACCAAGGGAUUCAGAGCCACAGCUCUUGCCUCUCUUUCCCUUGAGUUCUCCGAGUGUCUCGGGGUCUUCUUCUUCUUAAGGCUAACAAGGCAAAGGGGAAAGAGGCGUUGAAGGUGGAUUUUACUGGUUGUAAUGAUAAUUGGCGUUUAUAUGAUUUGUGAUGAUGUGACUACGGCUUUGUUGGAAGAGAUUUGAGAUAAUUUGAAGAGAGAAGAGAGAAGUAAAAAGGUAGAGAUCUUUGUUUCAAUUGUAUAAUUUUGAUCUCCCUUCUUUCCAUUGUUUCAAAAAAAGAGAUUGAAAAAAACAAAAAUAGGAAUAAAUAACUUUGUUUCA